AUGUCCAGUCUUCAGCUUGAUGAGGAGAUGCUGGAAUCCCAGCGGGAUCGAAUUCUGUUCAGCCCAGAUCCCGAAUUGGAGCCUUUGACUCCCGGCCUUUCGAAGCACAAACACCCCCGCAGAGUCUUCGGGUAUAUUCCAUUGAUGAUUUUAUACAUUAUAUCUAUCGUCAUGACUGCCACAGCGACUCUAGAUGUGAUAUACUAUCUUGUUUGCUUCUCAGAAGGUGUCGAAACUGCUCAUUGCUUGACCAGCGAGGUGGUGGGAGAGAAGGUCGCUUCGUACAUGAGUUACAGCUCGAUCCUAUGCGGGACAGUCAGGGUAUUUGUGGGCACAAUUAUGUCGCGCUGGUCCGAUAGAAUUGGCCGCAAGCCGGUGCUUAUUCUCUGCUUCUCGGUAUCUGUGGUUGCCAAGAGCCUGGAGUAUUUCAUGGUGUUUGGCAAAGCGGAGCCGGUUUAUUACAUGUGGCUCUUGCUGCCCUCCAUUAUCGCUGAACUAGGUGGCUCUGUGAGCUACAUGUCCGCCGCCUCUGUGUCGUACGUAUCUGACUUGGUCGAGGACAGUGUGAAUCGAACAAAACUGGUCGCCAUGCUGGAGGGGUCUUUCUUUGCUGCUCUGGCAUUCUCGCCUACGCUGGGCUCCAUUGUACUGCGCAAUGUCGGCUUGCAGAACCUUUACUUUGUUUCGCUUUGCUUGUCGGUGUUGGUGGUAAUUCUGGUCGCCGCUUUCAUGAAAGAGUCUCUGCACGAGAAACUCCAGACCUCAAAUAAGGCUGUCCAAAAACAGCAGACCGGAACGUUGAAUACCCUCAAGCCAUUGCUGUUCCACAAUGUAAAAGAUCCCCUGGCUCGGCGAAAUGCUCGAAUCUUCCUUGUCUGCUCCCUUCUGGGCACCGAGUUCGCCAUGUCAUUCUUGCCCAUUGUGCUUUUGUACCCCAAGCGACUUUUCCAGUGGUCUGCGGUUGAGAUGGGCUAUCUAAUUACCUCCAUGUCUUCAACGCGUACCCUCAUGUUUGUGGUUGCAUUCCCAUUCCUGUAUACGCAGAUCCGGAAGCUUGUCACUGUCCACCAAGCACAGAUCGACCGUGCAGACGUAAUACUCUUACGACUCAAUAUGAUACUGACGUUUGCUGGAUACUUUUUGAUGGGAAGAUCCACCACCGCCCCGCAUUUCGUCGCUUCGGCAAUUCUCGACGCAUCGUCAAGCAUUGGUGGGCCGGCCCUCAAGGGCGGGUUCUUGAAGCACGUUCCCCAAGGACAGUUUGGUACGUUCAUGGGAGCCUACCAGCUAUUGACCAAUAUGUUCCUGGUGGUCACCCCGUCCUUGUUUUUACAAAUCUACCACUGGGCAUAUGAGCGCCGCCCAAGCCUGCCGUUUGAACUGGUAUCGCUGCUGUUUUUGGGCCUGCUCGCGAUCUCAUUCCUUCUUAAGCCUGUCCGGUAA